GCUGGUUCAUCCAGACAAAGGUGGCAGCAAGGAGGCCUUCCACUUGGUCUACCAGGCACUGGAGAUCUUAACCGACCCCGAGGCGCGCAGGAAGUAUGACUCUGGAAUCACUGCUAGAAAACACAUGGCUGCACCAGGACGCGAGCAGACAAAUUCUGGAGACAAAAAGAACACUACGCGGAAACGUGGCCCUGCGGCGCCAAAGGCCAGCUGUCCCAAGCCGCAGAAUGCCAAAUUCAGCAGGAUGCCUAGGCCGGAUAGCGAUUUUGAGCAUCCAGCAGCUCCAGCAGCACCUCAAACACUGUCCCGCAAAGCAAAGCUCCUGAGGAAAAUCCACGACCUCUUGAAGCAGUUACCUCGAGAUGUGCGGAACGAAGUGAUUACCAAAGAGUUCUCGCAGAAGCAGCGGCUCAUCCUUGAGCAAUGGAUGGUGGAAAACUCGCCACAAGCCCCAUUGGAGUCACAGGCCGUAGUGGCCUUAGCCACUGAACGUGCUCAAGCAGCAAUGGAUCAAGCUCAGAUUGGCUUGGCAGACAAGCACAGUUGCAAUGCUUUGCCGGUGCCAGCCACGGCCAUGCCAAUGUCCCAUUCUGUGGCUCAGUAUUCUGAGCACAAAACGGAGAGUCUGAAGAAAAAGUUGAACGCGAAAGGCACGACUUUGCAAGGUUGCGUCAUCAAGUGCCACUCUCGCUACAGGGCAAGCAUAUGUUUUGAUACGGUUUGCAUGUGGUCGCCAAAUGUAGAUCUGACGGUGGCUCUUGACUACUUGGUGGUUUUCACCCUUGUGGUGCAAAAGAUGCGGGACCCUGCAAAUGCAAAUGACGCCAUCAGUUUUGAGGAACGCCUGCAGGAAACCCUGGCUUCAUGUGCAGAAGAUCAUGGAAUUGAUUUUUCCGACCUAAGUAUUCGUUUUGGCAUUUGGCAAGCCUGCGGAUUUUUUCUUGGACGCCUUAUUUUGCGGACCCCCACAGUGCGCAGCUUCGAACAGCUCAGAAAGAUGCGUCAAUGUUUGGAACCUUUCCGCCAGUACUCCAAGCAUGCCUCAAGGAGGAACUUGCUUUGGCAGUACAGUCCCACCCAUCUCCAAGACGCUUGGGAGCAACUUCAACGUGCAGUAGCCUACACAUGUGAAGUUGCAGGAGUGGACAACGCUAAGUUUAUGCACAAGAUACGCCAAUCGUACAAGGCAAAUGCAAGCGUUCGCGAGAGGCACCUUCAGACCUGGGAGCUAGAGCAUAUGGCCACGGAAGACCAACACAAGCAUCAGUCAAGGAAAGUGCGAUAUCGUUUGCGAAAGAAACGUUUUCCGAGGAGAAAACCACCGAGCAAGUUGUGUACACUGAAACGCUUGAAAGAGCUGCUUGUGAGAUGGGAGCUCAUCCUUACAAGAGAGUCCCGUUUGCUGGACAGGAAGCAUAGUAGACUCUUGAAACAGCAGAAGGCUCAGCGGAAGAAAGACCAAGAGAAGCGCAGGCGCCUGGAAAUCCAAAGCAAGAAGCGACUGCGAGAGGAACAGCGCUUGAGGAGAGAAGCGCAUAGCAAACGGAUGCGAUUUUCUGGCUUUAUGGAUGAUCUUCGGUGGAUUUGACAGAAGUGUCCAUGCUGUAAUUUGUUCAGCCCAAAAGGAUUAGGAAAGGUCACAGGCAGAAUGGCAGACUACUGGACAAUGUCGUGAUCAUGCACUCUUGUCCCGUCACCCAAGGCGUGUAGAAGGAUGGGUCUUCUGAAGACUUUACUGACAUUUUACUCGUCAACAGCUAUGACAUUAUGCUGCAUUGCUACAACAACGAUCAAUCAAGGUCGAGUUUCUGCUUCAGAUUUGAACAUCACUGUGACAAGGCUAUUUGUUCUCGUAUUUCGUAGGGGACUCCAACCCAGACACAGGCUCUUUGUUCGCCAUUUCUGAAGGGCCCAAGGAAUGGCUGCAAUUGCUUUCCAGCCGGAAACAUCCAAUAAUCUAAAGUGGCCCGGCGAAAAGUUGAAUGCAGGUAUUUCAUACUGUCACUGUGGACAUAUUGCUGUGCACUCAUGGAUAGAUAGUCAUUGUAGUGAAGCAC